AUGUCCGAUCAUAUCGUUGAGGAUCGACUUCUUAGCUUCGAGGAGGAUCAAAGGUGUAGCUUCUCCUACGGAAGCCAAAAUAACGUCCUUGAAAGCCAUAACCCCGAUUGUGGUAAUGGUAAAGCGAAACCGGGUGACUUUUCGAGGUCCUCUUUGACGCGGGAAAUCUGUCCAACGACGUUUGGCAACAACAGUCUGUUUUCUUUAACCUCGAUGCCCUCUGAUGAGGAGUUGGGGGACCAGCCCAACUCCAUGCGUUCCAAUUCGUUUCUGUCGAUUUUAAAUCCGGGCACGACGGAGGGUGAAAUCGGGAAAGUCUCCGCCAAGAGCGCGUCGUCGGCGGUCUUCAACAAGAAGUGGUCGUCUCCCGAGCCGUGUUUACGCGGCCCGACGAGCAUUGUUGAGGUGUUGCUGGAAUGUAGCUUCGACACCCGCGUCUCUGGCAAUGAUAGUCUGGCGGAUCGCAUCGGAGGUAAGUUAUCACGGCGGCUGCUAAAUCGGGAUAUGAACGCCGCGUCGGCUUCCUUUCGAGGUGAUAGUGUUGGGGGUGUCAGUCGGCGUGGGAGCAACCACUACGCGAGCGUGAACUCACAGAUUAAAGGUGUGAUCGACCCCCAAUCACUUUCCGUGAACGACUCCUAUCGGGUAUCCAGCGAGGAUCGGAGCUUCAAUGGUAGUAAGGCAGAGUCUGCGGCAAUAUUGCAGUAUAUUGAAGAUGUCCGAAAAACAAUCGAGCAAAGUGCAUGGAAGCCGAAGCGUCUUCACUUCACCUCCCCUCCAAAAAGGCAUGAAGGGCAGAUGAGUCGUCAAAAGAGCCGAACGACUCGUGAUGGGGGGGCUAGUAGCGUCACCUCAUUUAGUUCUCCUCGACACUUGGUUUCGUUCGAACACUUUGAUUCCGGCAAUCUUCAGAAUGCGACCUUGUUUGAGCCUGAGCAUCAACGCAAGAAUGUUGCUUCAUUUCACAUGAAGGCGAGAAAAAAAGACACCUAG